UCUCUUUACUUAGGUCACACAAAUGACAAAAUGGCGAAUGCGAAUGUUACCAAAAUAGACCCUGUCAUGGAAAAGCCAUGGCAAAGGGCUCGUCGAAUGGAGAGAUAUGAUUUCUGGAGAAAGUCAUCAUAUCCUCCUAUGAAUAUCGAGCCAGUGCCUUUUGAAAGAAAUCGCCUUGCUGGUGAAGGCAUGUCUCCUGAAGUCAGAGCUCUACGUAAACAGUGGGUAUCAGAUCAGAUACUGCAUCACGAGCCAAGAUCUGUUCCACAAAUUCAACCUUACAAUAUUUUUCGUAGGUUCUACAGAUUUCUGCCCGAUCUGAUUUUCUUUGGACCUGUAAAGGCAAUAGUCGGCUAUAACACAGCAUUGUUACUGAGAUUAACACUACCAAAAAUUGGAUUAGUCUUUGGUGCUUCCUAUUUAGUUUGGUAUCAUCUCAAAUACAAUCAGAGAGACUGGACUCGAGAGGCAGGCGUGAUUAUUUAUGGAGCUAAGCCAACACUCUUAGGCUUUGAUGCAUUGAAUUUUCCAAGCAAAGAAAAAACAGAUUAUUGUGAAAGAGGUUUCAAAGAAAGAAAAGCUCUGCUUUACAAGCCAACUUCCAAGUCAGACACCAUUGGUCCAUGUCAUUAGUUUUGUAAAAUAAAUACCUACUUAAAAAUGAUAGGUUUGUAAGUAUAGUAAUUUAAUGCUACCAUGGUUUGUUAACAUGGUAGUUAACUCUUUUGUCAUGUAACAAUGUUUCAUUAAAAAAAUCUGAAGAAUUAAGAAAUACAUUGUUUUGGUUGGUUUUAAACUCUUUUUUUUUUUUCCUCUUUUUUUCUCUUGAUUUUUUUUUUUUGGGAGAUGAUUGUCAGUAACAAGGAAUUAAGACCAUAGUCAUUGUGAUAAGAUUAACAGUUUCCUUGUACAGCCAAAGGUUUAAAUGGCAAAAAUAUGAAUGAUUGUAUUAUUUCAAGCUUAUUUGUAAAGUAUUCUUUAGAAUUAACAAAUAGCUGCAAUGUUGAACAAUAAAAAAUUAUAUCACGUUU